CGGCCUGGAGUUGGCGGAACUGGUUAAGGCGCUGCAGCCUCCGCUUAGGGGCGGAGCUCGGCGGCGCAACAUGCAAUCGGGACCGCCGGCGUUCGGGGCCCGGCUGGGGACGGUGGCUGCGGCCGACGGAGCCGGCGGGCUGUCUGCGGGCGGAGUCAGCGCCCCCACCGAACCCGAGUGAGGGGCUGUGUCCACGGGCGGAGGAGGGCACCGGCACGCUGCAGGGAGCUUCGCGGACGCGACCCGGAGCCCCGCUGGUCAUGGGAGAGGUGGAGAUCUCGGCGCGGGCCUACGUGAAGAUGUGCCUGCACGCUGCUCGGUACCCGCACGCCGCGGUCAACGGGCUGUUGCUGGCGCCCGCGCCGCGAACGCAAGAAUGCCUGUGCCUCACCGACUGUGUGCCCCUGUUCCACAGCCACCUGGCCCUGUCCGUCAUGCUGGAGGUCGCCCUCAACCAGGUGGAUGUGUGGGGUGAGCAAGCCGGGCUGGUGGUGGCUGGGUACUACCAUGUCAAUGCAGCUCUGGACGACCAGAGUCCUGGACCCCUGGCCUUGAAAAUCGCUGGGCGGAUUGCAGAAUUCUUUCCCGAAGCAGUGCUGAUCAUGCUGGAUAAUCAGAAACUGGUGUCUCAGCCUCACGUGCCCCCAGUCAUCGUCCUGGAGAGUCAUGGUCCCCGCUGGGUCCCAAAAGACAAGAACUUAGUGAUGUGGAGGGAUUGGGAGGAGUCUCGUCAGAUGGUGGGAGCACUGCUGGAGGGUCGAGCCCACCAGCGCCUCGUGGACUUUGACUGCCACCUUGACGACAUCCGGCAGGACUGGACCAACCAGCAGCUCAACACCCAAAUCACCCAAUGGGUUGGUCCCACGAAUGGAAACACCUGAAUGAGGGCUGGGGUGGGGGUGGG